GCCAAUCACAACAAACCAUCAUCCUAUCCUUUCCACUUUCCAUCUUCCUUCUUUAUUAUAAUAUCACAUCCUUCUUCCUUCUUCCUUCUUCCUUCUUCUCUGUCCGUAAAAGAAAAGAAAAGAAAAGAAAAGAACAGAAAACCCAGAUACAGAGUAUGGCAGCCACACUUGCUUUUCUUCAAAUCCCUUCUACUCUUCCCUCUAAAUCAUCACAUUCACAAUGCUUAAUUCCCUCCCCCCCUUCCAUUAAAAUAAAUCAUCCCAUUACCCUCCACCACUUGAAGUCUGCUUCUCUCCCUCUAUCAGCACUCACAUUAUCUUUCCUUUUAAACCCACAGGAUGCAUAUGCUGCUGCUGGUGAAUUUGGGAUAUUGGAAGGGAGAUCAUUGGCCUUGAUUCAUCCAAUUGUCAUGGGUGGUCUGUUCGCUUACACACUAUACGCUGGGUAUUUGGGUUGGCAAUGGAGGAGGGUAAGAACAUUACAAGAUGAGAUUAAUGAUUUAAAGAAACAGGAGAAGCCAGUUGCUGUCACCCCUGAAGGAACCCCACUUCAACCCACAACUCCUUCCCCAGUUCAAGCCAAGAUUCAACAACUGUCUGAGGAGAGGAAGGAGUUGAUCAAGGGGCAAUAUCGGGAAAAACACUUCAAUGCAGGUUCAAUACUGCUUGCAUUUGGUGUCUUUGAGUCCAUUGGUGGUGGAGUCAACACUUAUCUCAGGACAGGGAAGCUAUUUCCAGGACCCCAUCUAUAUGCUGGUGCAGCAAUAACAGUAUUAUGGGCUGCAGCUGCUGCAUUAGUACCCCCUAUGCAGAAGGGAAGUGAAACAGCCAGAAACCUUCAUAUUGCGUUGAACGUGUUAAAUGUUCUCCUUUUCAUAUGGCAGAUCCCCACCGGGUGGGAUAUUGUUCUUAAGGUGUUCGAGUUCACCAAAUGGCCUUGAUUCAAGUGACAUACAAAUGAACAGUGAGAAUAACAUUUGCAUAUCAAACACAGUUGGUUAUGACAGCCCAUUUUGUUCAAGUACCUUUUGAAUAUGAUAUCUGCCUGUGACUAGCAUCCAAAUUUCUAAAGCUGUAUUAUAGAGAUUUUACAACCACAAAACAUUUGAAAAUGGAAAUUUUUUAUUAUUCAUCU